GGUUACUCCGAUGAUACCCGUCUUCCUGUGCUACUAGUCGGUGACCAAACUAAAGUCAUCGGUGUCAACGAGAUUUCGCGAUACGUCGCCACGCGUUUACAUCUCUAUGGGAAGAACGAGACAGAACGAAAAGCAAUCGAUGAAGUGCUCAGCAACUUGGAAGAACUGCACAUCGGUGUUACGCCUAUUAUUCGAGCCACAUUGACGAAAAAUUACGAAGAACGGCGUGAGGUUUGGAACAAUUUCAAGAACAAUGCCCUCUCGCCAUGCCUCGCAGAAUACGAGCAAAAGCUCAAGGGAAAAAAGCACCUCGUUGGAUCGAAGAUCUCGUUGGCUGACAUCGCCACUGAU